AUGUCUCCGUCGAGCCUGCCGUCGUCGCCGUCUUCUGCUCGUCGUCGUAGUCACACAGCCACGCCAUCAGCAGAACCCUCUGAGCAAUUCCAACGGCAGAUCCCCUACAAAUAUACCGUGGACAAGAAUGCCGUAGUUUACGGCCCUGGGAUGGUUGAAGUCAAGGACGGUGCCGGGGAAGAAUCACAGGCUACUGUCAUCGAGCACAAUGGCUCCCCGGUGGCAGGCGGUAGCUCGAUAUCCCUUGGGUCCCGAGGGACCCAAGCUACGGCAGCGGCCACACCACCAUCACCACCAUCACCAUCACCACAACCACCACUCUCCACGGCGGCAACAUCGUCCCGAAGAACACCCGAUAGCCCCACCAACUCCGGCCACUCGACCCUCCCUGGCGGCACCAUCCUUCACGGUGGCUACACCCUAUGGGUUCUUGGGAGCUGGGCGGCCGAACCACCCUCUCAGUGGGCACCAGGGGGUAAGGCGAGGCUCGCAAAUAGCGGCGGGUUCGGGCGUGCACCCGGGCCAGCCAGCCUUCGAUGGCGGCGGUGGGCUCGGGGUCGCGAGCCAGCCACUGGCCGGCCAGGAGGAGGAGGAGCGGCAACGACAGCAACAGCAGUAGCAGCAGCAGCAGCAGCUACAGCUACCGUAACCACCACCUACAAGUCUGUCGCCGUUCCCGUCUUCGCCCUCCUCUUCUUCCUCAUCUUCAAAAUCGUCCGCACUCCCACGUCUUUUGUGUCUGUCUUCGUCUUGUGUCUGUCGUUGUCUUGUGUGUCUCUCGACAUCUAG